CAUUGACAUAAUGUUCAUGCUAGUCCCUCCAAUGUCACAAAACACCAUUCAGCAGCAUGUCAACACACUCUCAUGUUGAGAAGAAGAAACAGUUAAAGGAAUCAGAAAAUCUAUUUUCUGGACUUAAAGAUCUUGGGCUUCAGCAAGACCAACUCUGACGUGAACUGCUUAUCCAAACUGUUGUUUUUAUUAUAACCAAAUAUAGAAAUGGGAAGAAUACAUAUCUGCGUAAAACGGACGUUCAUUUUCGUCUGUGUCUUGAUCGGGAUCAUCAGCACCCUCUUGCUGGCCAUCACAUUAUUUGGACAUGGGUACUUCCACCAAUCAGAAGAAAUAGAGGAGAUUCUGCCUGGGAUAGUAGUUCUGUAUGUCCUAGAAGCAGCAAUCCUGGUCCUGUCAAUCUUUGGGGUCUAUGGAGCUCGGAAGGAGAAGAAAUGGGUUGUGGUUCUGUUUUCUGUAGGUAUGUCACUGGCCAGCCUAUACCUGUUUGUGGAGUGCGUGAAUGGAUAUCAAAGCAAACACGAGAUGGAGGAGUUAACCAGAGGAGAACAUCUAGCGAUGAUGCCUCUGAGUGGAGCGAAUCAAACUGAUUUAGAAGGGCUAUACAACAUACAGACUAACUUCAAAUGCUGUGGGCUCGUACAAGGCUACCAAGACUGGGGCACAGACAUCCCCAUCUCCUGUCUCUGUUCUGAUGAGGACUCAACAGACUUUAAAUGUGUUGCUCCUGGUAACAAGACAAGAUUUGUUAUUCACUAUCCCAACAGUAAUAUGUCUGAGGAUGAUGACCACAAGGGAUUAAUGGAUGAACACAUGCUGGUAUAUAAAGAGCCAUGUCUUCCCAUCUUAAUCUCUUUCGUGGGCUAUAACAUCAUCCUGAUAAUAGGAACAUUAGUAGCACUUAAAGCAUUAUGGGAUGUUGGAGUUGUCCUGGCCAUCACAAUACUCUGCCAGAUGAGAAGAAAGGUUGAUGUGCCACUUGUGAUCUUCACCUCUCAACCACCUCAAUACAGGGAGCUGUGUGACACAGCAGAGAGUGUCUGAAAUGAAAUAGUCCAAACAUGACAAUGGGUGACAAAGAGUUGACUUGGCAAUGACAGAACUGGCACGAUGGCCUUUAUUUAACUAGGCAAGUCAGUUAUGAACAACUUCUUAUUUACAAUGACGGCCUACUGGGGAACAGUGGGUUAAACUGCCUUGUUCAGGGGCAGAACGACAGUUGGCAAGACCACAAACAGAUCUGGGAUCAGGUUAGCAAUGCACUCAUAUUAUGUACAUACUCAUAACACAAAUGAAAGGACAACUCAGGACAUUAUUAGACAUCUCUACUGUGUUGUCCAAAGUGUUACUGUUCAACCAUUUAACCGUUGAAGUGCCUAAGUGUUGGUUACAGUGUCUUGAAUAAAGGGACAAUCAUCUUUUAA